AUGGCGCUUAAGGAUUUCGGCCGCCUUCUAGCGCAGAAUUGCCGGCCCCAGUGGCGAUACAUCGCCUGCGAGAUUUUGAAAGAGAUGCUCAGAGACCCGAAACAAGCUGGGUCCUUCUUGGAAGCACUCCUACAUGAAAUCGCAGAGGUGAAUGCCUUCCAGCAGCUCCACGAAAGCGACUCCCUGGAAGGCCUGUCCUCGGAAGAGUUGCAGGCCGUCGCGAUGAUCAAGCAGUUGGCAGCGUUUAAGCUCCUUCAGAAGCAUGAGCGGUCGGGUCACAGAGUGCCCUUUUGCACGAGUGGUCUUCUCACGAAGAACGAAGGGUUGAUGAGACAGGCCACAGCCAAAAAGUGGACACAGCUUUGCCAGUCGCUGCUCUUCAUGUCUGCGGCUGCAGACGUUCUAAGUCGACUGCAAGGCAGCCAGGUCUGGAAAGCAGCUGCGGCGCUCGAGCACAAGACGUGCCACGAGAUCUGGGCCCACCCGACCUUGCCCCUGGCCGAUGCCAAGGAUGCCUUCCUUCCGAAGGAGACGCGGGUGAAGCUUAUGACCUGGAACGCCUGUUCCCUGUCCUUCCCUUUGCGCAUUCACCCCGCCAAGCUCCUGCUGGGCAUUUUCCUCGGCUUCUGGUGGCACGACCCGCAGCGUGACGUGCCUCUGCAAGUCCGCAGCAGGGCAGCCAGGGAGCGCUGCCAGCGGCAAGCGGAGUACAUCCGCCAGUCUGGGGCAGAUCUUAUCAUGCUCCAAGAAAUGCUGAGUACGACAAUGCUAGAGACAUUAAUGUGCCAUCUCGCUUCGGACUUUGAUUGCGCGUACCUCACUUGCCGACCCACACUUUCUGCAGUCCUCUUGUGGACCCUCUUCCUGCUGACUGUGGCAUUUUGGCAAUGCGCUCUUCUUCAAAUCUGCUUGAUGGUUUGGUCCACCUCGGCCCUCGGCUUCUGCGGGCGUUGGCUGAUGCUGGCGAUUUGGCUGGCGUUGCGGUCUCGGGGCGCCGUUCCGUUCCACUUCCUCUGCGGGGACGUGGCUGGGCAGCUGGUGGUGCUGCGCCGCCAGACCUCGAGGCUUGAGGCGUGCGUGGCGAAGGAGUUUCAGGCCUUCGACGCCCUGGGGCACCAGCUCUUGGCGAGGUCUUGGCUCUGCGUUUUCUUCAACGUCCGGCCGCGCGGCAUCCUGCGGGUGACAGUGCCUUUGGGGCCGAGGAUGGGCAGUUUGACUCUGCUGAACACCCACCUGCCCCACAACAGCGACAACUCCAAGUUGCUGCGCAGUGUCAGCAGCUAUGCCUCGUCCUUUGCAUGUCACGGCCCUGUGGUCUUGGCAGGGGACUUCAACCCACAGCCCCACAUCGAGCUUCAGCAGCAGCUGAAGCCCUUGCUGGCUGCUGGGCUGGUGCCGACGGAUGGUUUGGAGGAGCAGCACUGCACCUGGGACUUGCAGCAGCCCUUGACUCGUCGCAACCCGGGCACUCCACGGACCAUGCAGCUGGACUUCAUUUUCCUGAGGUCGCACGACGAGGUUUGUCCGUGUGAGGACGCCUCUCCUCGCCGGCGCUUGCUGAGCAAAGAUUCGGAGCACGACGGGGGGAAACGUGUCGAGGCCAGGGUCUUGGGCACUGCAAUCGUUGACCAGGACCCCUCGCUGGAAGCUGCUGCAGAACUUAUGGAGCUCUGGGACCAGGUGACCAUCUUGGCGAAGUGCCGGCCUGAGAGUGACGAGCUCAGGAGAGCUGUCCGCGGCUUCAACUCUUUCCAUCGGGAGUGCUUCCGGGCAGGCCUUGCCACUCUCAUAGAUACCGCUUCGGACAAGUGGCGCGCGUGCAGGCCUUUCCGCGGCGACCUGCCAAAGUUCCUGCAGGUCGAUUGCAUCUGCGUUCGUGCCUUCAACCCGUUCUACCCACCCAGGGAAGAGGACCGUUGCGCUCUUGCCGCCGAACGGUCUGCGCAGCUCAAUGAGCUGGCGCCCAGCUUGGAGCUGCAGAGGAGGUUGUGGCAGCUCCCUGCAGGAACGGUGAGCGUCCACAUUCGUCGAACUGACCACAAGAAGGCCAUUGCGCGGUCUCCUGAGGAGCUGUUUAUGCAGAUGAUGGACAGCUACAGCGAGGACACCCCCUUCUUCCUGGCGACCGAUGACCCAGCAGUUGAAGCUCGCUUCAAAGCCCGCUACGGCGGGCGGCUCUUGACGAACAGCAAGCGAAGCUUGGACAGGCAUGCGCCCGAAGGAAUCCAGGAUGCGUUGCUAGACCUGCUGCUGCUCUCGCAGGGCUGCGAGGUGCUGGGCUCUUACAAGAGCUCCUUCUCCGCAAUGGCCGCCCACUUCCACAUGGUGCCGUGGGCCCUGGCAAGGCUGCAUGUUGUGGACGUCUGCCCAGAUGCCCAUCAGGUGCAGGGGCCCGCAUUCCGAGAGGUGGACCUAGUGCCGGAGGACCCAGAGGCGGAGCACUCGGGCGUGGGGUGGCAGCCGGCGCAGCCGCAGAAGCCGCGGAUGCAGGAGGUGCGCAAGUUGAUGGCAGAGGCGGAAAUGGACUUCGACGGGGAGAAGGACGAAAUCCCAGAAGAUGAUGAAAUCCCAGACGAUGAUGAAAUCGACGAUGAGGAAGAUAGGAGGUUUGGUCUUCAAUUUGAGCAGGUAGUUCCAGACGCCGUCUACUCCGCGACAGCGGAGGACGGCAUGUUGACAGCUUCCACCAGCUCCGACCGGACACUGACUUCGGAUGAGCUGGAAGAGCAGAUCGCAGACCGCUGGUGGUCCCAGGUUCGGCGAUUCUUCUUCCGGCACAACUACCGGGCCUAUCGCCUUGUGGACGGCAGCUGGCAGCAGGUGCCAGACCCUCGGGGACCACGCUUCAAGCCACGGCGGAAGUAUCGGCCCCGGCGCCACCAGCGAGAGCAGGCCAUGAAGCGCCUCAUGCGCGAGUCUUCAGCUCCGGCGUGA